AUGCAUCCCUCUUCUCUGCUUGUGCUCCUCUCUGCCUCGGCUUCUCUCGUCGCCGGCAAGACAACUACCACCAUCGACAAGGCCGAGGCUUCGUGCUCCGCCGCGCUCGACGAGUAUGUCGAGGGCAUCCCCACGGUCCCGACAAAGCUCAUGGACGCCGUUGCGACCAACACCAACCUCCGACGCCCUCAAGAAACUGGAGAUGUGUGCAACAUUGCUUGGCCCUCCGAGGUCCAGAGUGACAUCCGGGAGUACGGCUCGUCCGUCCUAGCCUGGUACACCUCCCACGAGCAGAGCAUCUCAACCCUCUUCAGCCAGUGUCCCGAUGCCAAGGCAUAUGGCUACGUCUCCUCGUGCGCCGAUCUCUGGGCCACAUACAGCGCCGUGCCCAACUCUGCCUCCGCAACUGCCACCGCCACGCAGACAAAGAGCGCGAGCAAGACCGCCAGCAAGUCCAAGGGCUCGGCCACUCCCACCUCAAGCACCGAUGAUGCCUCCACCACUUCAUCUAGCGAGUCCUCUGUUACUACUCCCGCCGGCUCCUCAACCUUCACGACCGCCACCUCGACAUCCGCCUCAACUGCCGGCGCCGCAUCUUCGUCAACCCAGGGCGGCGCAGCUCCCAAGGAGACUGGCAUGAGGAUCGCCGCCGUGGCCGUGGCCGGUCUGGUUGCUGCUGUUGCCGCCCUGUGA